UGUAGCCAGAAUGGUGACGACACCUUUACACACGCGCUCAAAAAGUGGCGGUCCCAGUGGCCUGCCCUCAGUGGCCAGCCCGUGCCCUUCACUCUCUCGGCUCCUCCACACGAUUUUUGUUGCCCUUGGCUGGUGUCCCUCCUACAAAAAAAAAAAAAAAAAAAAAAAAAGACAUGGUGACGCCUGCAGCGCUUCUCCCGCCCACCACUGACUUUCACAGGCUUACCAACAUGCGGUAAACCAAAACAAGAGAGGGUACUCACCACAAUGAAGGGCCGGACGUUUUGACGUUGCCUCUAUGAACACGUGUCACUGACUGAGGAUUACUGACUGGGAGGAGAGAAGCUACGCACACACACACAGACACGCACAGCAAAGAUGGGUGCACCACUUCGCCUGGCGGGGCUGUGUGUCGCCUUGUGGGUGACGCUUGUGGCCAGGGCGGAAGCACAGGCUGGCGACAACCUACAGGCGCCUGACGGGACCGCGGGGCCUUUCCCAACCACUGAUGGCAUAAGGAGGUUCAUAAAUGGGCCCACGGUCACCUCAAUAGACGCGCGUAGGAGAAUGAAGUCAAGAUUCCAGGAUGAGACCCUGAAGAGCAUCGGCGGCAGAGUGGAGGAGGACAAGAAUGGCAUGAAGUGGGUAGUGAACGGUCACUCUUACGUUCUGGCUGACAGCACGGGGACCGGGGCGACCACGGGGCCCGUUAACGGUCACACAGGAAGGGCGCGGGGUGUGAUGAUGGGCCAGGCGACCCUGGAAGGGCAGCACCACCCCUACCAGAAUCCUGAUAUAGCUGAGCAGGAGCAGGUCAGCGGGUCGGGUGGCGGCCAGGGCGAGGGCGAGAGUCCAGACAGCAACGGCGCCGCUGGAAAUAAGAGUUCCCCAGUCCCCGCGGUGGCCUGGACGCGGGAGCCAGAUCAGUGGGCGUACCAGGAGUGGGUCGUGGUUACCCUGCCGGACCCAUCCUUCCCCUCCCUGCCGCCGCCGCCCUCCCCUUCCCCUGCAGAGGCGCUCGUUGUGACCGCCAUUAACAAGGCGGAGGUGGCGCGGCAGGUGACCGGGCUGGCAAACGUGACCCUGCACUACCUCUUCUUCCUCAGUGAGAACCAGCACCCAGACACUAGGCCAGAGCUGAAGGUGUACCAGGAGGUGGCCGGCAUGCGCACACUGCUGCAGGCGGACACAGAUCAGGGCCAGUGGUAUUCCCGAACCGUGGAUGUGCCGCAGGCUGACAAUUCUUCGAUCCUGUUCGAGGGGUGGCUGAGAGACAACAGUGACGUGAUCGCCCUGAGUGACGUGAGGACGGAGGGCGUCCCGAUGGGCAAGGACGACUCGCUUGACGAGGAUGACGACUUGACGUUCACCGCCAGGCAACCUCCCACCACCACCACCGCGGAGACUUCCCAGACACUCGCAGCAGAAGCAAACCUGACGCAGACGCAGGAUUUGCCCACACCGGAGGAUGCUCCCACAGCGACGGACACGGAGGCUCAGGACGACAGUACCACCUCGGAUGGCCCUCUUGCAGGCGUCCCACUCGACCAGCCAUCGAAAUCCACAGCAGAAGCGCCCUUGAGUCCUGCAGAGGGAAACGUGGCGGUGGACGAAGUGACGGAGACUCCGGACGUUGAUCCUUCCACUGAUACUCCAGGGGAAGAGACUCAAACCACUGAGGAGGUCAGCGGAGGCGUUGACAUCGUUGCUAUGAAUUCAACCACGUCAGGAGAUGAUGAAGGGACUUUGCAUGGCCAUGUGUCAGAUUCCUUCAGCACCACAGCGACGACUGGCAAGGAGGGUAAUACAGACGAAGAACAAUUGGCAAACAUCUCAGCGACGGACGAUGAGGUAACGGCGCCAGAAUCCAUAUCGGGCACCGGAGUAGUCACAAACAGCAGCACCACUUUGUCCAUUCCCGGCGUGACCACUGACGGCCUGCAAGCUAACAGUACCACCUCCACCACCAGCACCUUGACCAACACCAACACCAGCGUGUCUCAGCGCAGCGGGACUCCUAAUUUGGUCCCCACAAAGAUAGAAUACACCGACGAAAGCGAAGAUAUGGCUGAGAAUAUACUCGGAGGUGAUGAAUUAACGUCAGGGACAACACCUGGGGAAUCACAGGCCGAUGGAACCUCAGGGACCAUCACAUCACCCUCAGGUAUCACAGUGCCCCUUGAAUCCACACCUCUACCCUCGGCCAGCGGCAACACCACGGAGGCGGUGAGCGCGAAGCCUGUUUCCAGCACCUCUUGGCAAGUGUUCCAGGUGUUCUUGGUACUGUGUGCGCUGGGGCUGCUGGCACUUGGGUUUCUGUACUGGAAGAAGAAGCGGCGGCAGGACGACGAGAUUCCAGUGUUCCAGCGCGGCACGGACUACCACAAUCCGGCCUUCAGCAUGGAGGACGCCGCUAACUUUAUGUCCCGCGCUGGCCGCAACACCUACAAGACCAUUGAGUAGCCGUUGGACCUGCGAGUCCGGCCAUUAUGCCUCUCUCUCUCUGCCUCCCUGCCGGUGUGACCCAGUGCGCAUCUGUGAUACCAGUGGACGGACGCCUUGCUGAUUACUGGGCUUGUGUGAUACUCGCCUCUGGGAACUUAGAAUAAUCGCUGGGCUAUUGAGAGAUAUCUGGUGAUGCGUGUGCGAGAUGAUGUGCGUUUCUAGUACUAUUGAAUCGAUGCCUUGUAUGUGUAUGUAUGUAUGUGUGUGAGGAACAGGUCCAUUUUCUAACCUGCAGCGCCUCAAGACACACGAACUAUAGCUAUCUGAAAACUAAAGAAUGAUAUAUGUGUUCCUUUCAAUGCCCAUCUGUCAGUUACUGCUGAGGUCUGCGCCGGGCUGCCACUACUACGAGUUGCUGGGUGGCAGUGGCAGCAGGUGGCAGCGGUGGUGCUGUCCCUCAGUGGUCUGGUGUGAGUGCUGAGGGACUUGAGGGUCUGCAUGGGACGUGGGUGUUAUCACGGGCGCCCCUUGGUCCUUGGGAGUUGGGUGCCGGGUGUUUGUGAUUUAAGGAUGCGGAGACAGACUUAAGCACAUCCUUGACUGACGAGUGAAGGUGCCGCAACACCAGAGUUAUGUAGCGCCUGAAACGCAGCCUUAUAACGUGUAUUUACUAUAUGAUAUGCCUCACACUUCUCUAUGUUACUAAAUUUCCCCUUCUUUUUGAUAUGUGUGCUACAAGACGUCUGAGCCCUUGCCUAAACCCUUGGCCGCCCCUCCCUCCCCCUAGACGAGUUUCCUGUAAGGCUCGCUGGCUAGGAUGGCUUGGACUUGUGAGCCUCGUUGGGACCAUAUUCUGAAGCACUUCUGAGCCACACAUCCACAAUUUUCAAAAGUCUCCGAUUGAAGUUACACGGAUUUUUAAGGGUGUUUUAAUGAUUCCAGUGGCAGAUUAACAAGAUUUCCACAUUAUUAAGAGAAACGCUCUGAAAACCUAUAUAAUUAUCUAUGGUCUUUGAAAAUAGUCGUGGUGAAGGAGCAGUGUUUCAGAACACAGGCCUCGGUGCAAUGGUCCCAAGGGAAGGACGCAGCUAUGGCUGUCAUGCACCAUCUACUGGUCCUGAUGGCAGCUGCACAAGUUUUCUGGUGGGUGAAGUUAAACUUUUUUUUUUUUUUAUCAGUGAUGAAUCUGUGUUACUCCUUGCUGCGUCACAAUAGUCUAUGCCAAUCAGAGUGAUGCUCAUAUAAAUUGCAUUUCAUGUGUGAGAGUACGAUACUCAACCAUAACAUGUACAGUCACACAUAAAAUUUCGUGUGUGUGUGUGGGGGGGGGGUGGCUGUGCAUUCCCCACUCCUUUCUCUACUGCGAGUACAAAAUAUGAAACAUUUCCGAAACGAUUCGACUGCAUCUCAACCUGCACUAUUGUCACUGCUCACUUGCUUGAUGAAAACUUUCAUAUCAUAUCAUACGACACUGAAUAUGUAACUUAUUACGACUACCGAUAACAUUGAUUGGCAAACAUAAUCCUUUCUUACUUUAUUACAUCGUCGCAGUUCUGGCGUGUGUAUGAGGCUGUGCGACGUCACAUCGUUAGACAGACCUGCCGUAUAGAAAGGGGGGGAGAACAAACACACACACACACACACACACACACACACAAACUUUUAUGAGUGACUGUACGAGUUACGUGAUGGUUGACAUGAAGAGACUGGUUACAUGCUCUCUUUCGGGUUGCCGCCUUGGUGUUAUGCUGGCUCAACUCUCUAAACAUGAACAUGCUGCUUGAACCAGUGUGGGCUUUGAAACAGUAUACUUAUCAUGCGUGUUCACUGUAAUAGCACCUCAAAUCAGGUUGUAUCAGUCAUAAAAGUUUAUCUGAAUCACUCCAUCACACGUGUGUUAAAUCAAACCUAUAAAGAGCAGCAGACCUUGGACUUUAUCACCAUAGUUCAAGAUGACAAACAGCUUGGUGGUCUUGAAAAUGCGCGGCGCUGCUUCGAAACAAAUGAAACAUGUACUUCCCCUGAUUCAAGUCCUAGAUACCUUAUAUAUUCGAUUUAUUGCAGGUUUGUAAACAUCGAAAUAAAGAGAAUUAAAAACA